AUGAUAUCGAAGACAAAUACAUUGUCAUUUUGUCUCACAUUAGUUCGCUGGUGCUCCAUUUUGGCUCAUCCAAAGAAUGGGAAGGUGAACUGUCUUCAGGGGCGGAAGUUCGGAGACACAUGCAAGUAUUCCUGUGACAAAGGCUAUAAUCUGGUUGGAUCAGGACAAACUACUUGCAAGAUCAACGGCGGAUGGUCGACACCGCCUCCGACCUGUAGAGUAAAAUCGUGCAGUGCUUUGAUUCCUCCAAGGAAUGCAGCCAAGUUUGAGUGUGACAAUGAAUGGUUUUAUGGGAGUGUGUGCCAGCUGAAAUGUGACCGAAACAGAGGAUACGCUGCAACAAAAGCACGAGUCGCUAAGUGCGGUGAACAAGGCUGGUCCACAGCUGAUUUCGAAUGCGCAGAUGUGGAGCCCCCGGUUUUCCUCAGUUGUCCAUCACAGAAGAUACACCAGACAUUUGACCCUUCCAGUACUCUCACAGGGGUGAUAUGGCCGAAAAUAACGGUAUCGGACAACUCUGGUCAACAGGUGACCAUGACACCAACGUCUGCCCACGCGGUGACAAGCAUCGGCGGCAGCUUCCCAGUUGGAACACAUAUAGUGCGGUUUGAUGCCAAGGAUGCAGCUGGCAACAAGGCAACGCAGUGCAUCUUCGUCGUUGUUGUUGAAAGGGUUGAGUGUGACCCUCCGACCUUGAAUGGAGAAUACAUUGACACUCCCAACUGUUUUCCUCCAUUUGAUGUUGGCAAACAAUGCCGAGUUGAGUGUGACCUGGCGCUCCCACUGAGAGGGAGGAAAUACAUCACCUGCAGCAUGGACACAGGAAGUAACCCUGCUACUACAUUCUGGGACUGGGGGCAGAAGGAAUCUCCACCGUUGAUAAAACCAUAUUGCCAAGUGGAUAUGUGUAAGAACCUUACGGCGCCAAAGAACGGCGCUAUUUCCUGUGGGUUCUGGACUGGACAGCGGCUCUGCAACGUACACUGUAACGCCAAGUACGACAUUCCAGACCGAACCGAUUAUGAAUUCAGAUGUUAUGGUGUCGCUCAAAAUCCUCCAACGUGGCAUCCAGGUGUCUACCGUCUACCACACGAAUGUACAUCGUUUACUAAACUUCCGUUCAACAAACGACGUCUACCGGCAUACCUAACUUAUGAUGGACCUUGCAACAGUGCCAUUGAUGACAUUAAACUGGGAUUCAUUGCCCAAGCACAAAGCGUUACAAGUCGCAUAUGUUCUGGGACAGCGGCACCGCACUGUAACGUCAACAACGUGCAGGUUUAUUGUGGAGGAACAAGGAAAAGACGGUCACUUCCAGCAGGGAUCCGGCGUUCACGACGAUCAACCACAAACUACAUCGUCUUUGACAUCGACGUUGAAGUAGCGGCAACACCGGGCCUAUCGAAUGAUGAACAAGUCAACAAAGCCAGAAGCACUCUUGAUAACGUCUUCCAAGAAUUGAAUAAAGACCGUGAGUUUCAGGUAAACGGAAAAAUGAUUUCCCCAUCAGGACUUACCAAGCGGCCAGAAAAAGAACUCUGUCAGAAUGGAUACGUGAAAAGCAAAACCUCUGGAUCAAAUUGUGUUCCAUGUCCAAAAGGAAUGUAUUAUCGCCGGGAAAAUUGUGACUUGUGUCCCCUUGGUCACUAUCAGGACAACACAGGGUCAACUGAGUGCAAGAAGUGUCCGGCAGGUUAUACCACUCUCCAGCAGGGCAGCUUUAACGCAAGUCAGUGUAAAGAAAUGUGCAAGCCAGGCUAUUUGUCGGCUAAUGGUUUGAGUCCAUGUUCACCCUGCCGCCGAGGACGUUAUCAACAUGAAUAUGAACAGAAGUCAUGUAUACAAUGUCCCAUUGGACUCACCACAGAGAAGGUGGCGUCCUCAUCUCAAUCGCAAUGUAUUUCCUACGAUGUCAGUAUGGAGGGCCCUGUAAAUGUCAACAUGUCCCCAGGCUGCAAAUCUGAACUUGGAAUGUUCACCUUUGGUAUGUGGGUCAAGGUCGAUUCAAAGGGCAAUCGUAUCAAAUUUGAGAUGUUCCUGGGAGACACCGUCUCCUUCUCCGUGUCAUUAUCAUCUGACAUUGAAGUAUCAACAGGAAGUAACAACAUCAUCAAGAAAAAUGUUCUGUCAACCUCUUGGGUACAUGUGGCCUUCACUUGGACCACAAAUAAUGUAACUAUCUUCAGAGGCGGUGAUCAAAAUCAUCAUCAACAAUUUUCUUCUUCCGUUUCUGUGAUCCAGCCCAAGACAAGGAUGAGAAUAUCAGUCGAGGACCAAGUCACUGUUCAACUCAAGAGUUUGGCGUUGGUGUCGUCAGUUGAUCCAACCACUAUUGCAACCCUAGCCGGAUCGUGCGAGGCAAUGUUGCCAAACACUAUAUUUUCGGUUGGAAACCUCAACAUGACUUAUCUCGACCGGGUUCUGGAGGUUAUUCCAUCUUCAUGCCGAGAAAUCGACCCAUGUGAGGGAUUCUGUGGCUCAUUUGGGAGGUGCUCUUUGAACGCAACCAUGGAGCCACAGUGUGAGUGCAGUGGAGGGUACACAGACCCUCGGUGUCUGACCCCGCCAGACAAGUGUGAAGACAACGACUGUGCUCAGGGCUCAACAUGUCUGGCAGGACUGGGGGAAGGGUCCGAGUACACUUGUGCUUGUCCUCCUGGAUUUACUGGAAAGCUGUGUGAUGAUGAACAGCCGGAUGGUGAAUGGGGCAUGUGGGACGAUUGGGGGACGUGCUCCGUGACGUGUGGGCGUGGCCAUAAAACAAGACAUCGCUUCUGUGACAGCCUUAAAGACGGUAGCAAACCUUGUGUGGGCAACUACAUAAACACAGAAAUUUGUAACGCCGAACCUUGUCGAGUCUGCCACAAAGAGUAUCUUCUAUAUAGCCGGGAUAUCACCGACGUGAAGUGCACAACAGAUAGCGGUGACGUAAUGAGAUGUCACAGUAAAUGCCGACUUGGUUUGGUAAUGUUCCACCCUGGCAUGAAGUAUACUUGCAAAGAAAGAGAGUGGACGCCAGGACGGGUCAUACAGUCAUGUGCAGAACCUGCAUCUCCUGCCACCGUCCAGUUGAAAUAUAAUGUAGUUCACCGACAAAGGGUAGCCUCUCUGAAGGAAUCACUCUCUGGGAUCGCCAAGAAUUUUGCAUGUGUGACAAACGGGGUUUGUAAAUGGCAUGUUACCGUCCUGGAUUGUGAUGACGAUACAACCGUGUGUGCAGAUAAUUCAGGUGUGCAACUGGGUAUUCUGACUCUCGACAUUGACAUUGUACCCGGUGCCGUUGAUGUCUCACCGAUGCAGACUAAUCAAGACCUUGGCUCCAUCAGUGAAACUCUGCUUUCUUCCGACGGUGGAUUCACGCACGAAAAUAACGAACUUAACACUCCAGCCCACCGUGACCUUGAAAUAACAAUGCAUCAAGGUCAUAUGAUGGUGCAGCCAUACGGACACGAGAAGAGCGGGAUAGAAGUUACUGGGGGACUGGAGCCAAUCACUGCCGCUUGGGAUACCCUGGAUAAAGCCAACUGGGAAGUCAGGUCCGGGGGUUACAGGAACUUCACAGUCGGAGACAAGGAACCCUAUCUGAUGGUCGAACAAAAUGUCACGUGUGCUGCUGGUCGUGUUCCGGGGGGAUUAUACUGCUUGAAGUGUCCCAUUGGUACUUUCUACUCUGAUGGCAUGUGCGAGGAAUGUCCCAUUGGCUUCUACCAAGAACACUCCGGACAGCUGGACUGUACGCCCUGCCCGGGGUUUGCUACAACUCCCGACACAGGGAUUCCAUACCACACCAUGUGUCUCGCUAUCGAAUCUCCUCACCAGUACCUACUGGUGGCCAAUGGUCAAAACACACUGACCAAGAGUCACCUGACAUUCCAAAAUGAGAGUAUUAUUAACCUCCCCGACAUCACCGGUAGUGUAACGCAUCACGUCUACAGCGCCGCUGACAACUUCAUCUACUACAGCACGCAAUCUCCAGCCUCCAUUAGAAGAAUCCGAUGGGAUGGAAAUUGGAAGCUUACGAUCAUCAAGCUGAAAGGUGAAGAGGUUACAGGAUUGGCUGUGGACGAGAGGUCAGGACUUGUGAUCUAUACCCUGCGCACUGGCUCCCUCAGGGCAGUGACCUCUGACCGGUACACCGAAGAUGACAUGGUGAUACUAGAUGGACUCAGUGACCCCCGUGACCUUGUCCUACAUCAAGAAAAAUUCAUGAUGUACUGGUCAGAGGGGCAGACAAUCCAGCAGUACCGUUAUGGCAACGACUCGAGAACUUUACUCAAGAACACUGGACAAGACGUUCUUGGUCUUAGGCUCAACCCAGAAGUUGACAGACUGAUGUGGUACAGCAAUGGACAACUCAUGAGCUGCGACACCGACGGUGAUGACGUCACAAAUCUUGUGGACAACGCAAGUCCGCUUUUUGGUCUCGUGAACGACUACUACUUCUAUGCCAAUGAAACAGGACUGUUCAGAGUCAAUGCUGACGGUGUUACACGCGCGCAAGUGAUGUCGUUGACAUCACCUCCAACCAGCGUCUCCGUCAUCUCCACCAACCAACAGGAUUGGGGACCUCUUAAAUGUCGUGUCGAUGUUCCUGAUUGUGAGGCGUGUUGGCAGAUCGAUCGCUUCGAGACCAAAUGUUUGGGGACUAACGAGAACCAAUCUGACGCAGUAUAAUUAUUGACAUAUACAAUGUUCGCACAGAUUUAACAGUAAAGUUAAAGGCGUUUUGUGAAAAAGGAAUAUUUUAUGUUUUGGUGUGAACUGAAAAGGUCCUUCAAUGAAACCUUGAAAAGAACACGCAGAUGCGUAAAUCAGGUUACUAGUAGUUGAAAGGUUCAGGGCAACGACAAAGCCAUUGUUUACUUGUUCAAUUUGUUUACUUCAGUCAGUGCAUGGAAUGAAAUGUUCUGGGCGUGAAUAUUGUUGAUAAUUUACAAAGUUGUAUGUAAUGUCUACAUUUAAAAAGAUGUUCUCCGACAUGCGCUUAAAAAAGUAGGCAAACACGUGUUUGAGUUUCCUAAGAUCCGUGCGAACUUUGUAACAAACAUCCUUAAAUUGUAUAUUUUGCCAGGCUUUCUGAAUUUAUUGUAUCAAAUAAUUACUCUCUCUUUUUUGAGUGUAACAAUUGAAUUUGAUUCGAAUGCUUCAGAGUAAUUCACAACCUACAUUUUGUUUUGUUUAAUGAGUAGGAACUGGGCUAUUAAUUGGCUAUAAAUUAAUGCAUUAUACUUAACUUUCGCUAUGGGGUGUUUGUUUGUCCAUUGACUACCACACCAAGGGUUGAAAUAUGUAAACAGUAAAACGAUCAUGAUCUUUGUACGUUCUAUUAAAAACAUGAAACAAUGAAUGCAUAGUUACAUAUUUCAACAUUUCCAUGUGUAGAACUUCUGUUUCGUCAAAUAUAAAAUUUGGCAUUGUUUUAACAUGACCGUUUCGAUGAUUGUCUUUGGUUGGUAUAAAUUCAAAGUGUCCUCACAUUUGUUGUUUAUCAUUAUGUUUACUGCAUGGUUUAUGUACAAUGGCAUGCAUAUUUCAUAUGAUUCUGUGACAGGAUAAAACGUUUGUUUCAAUA